AUGUACAGCGAGCGCCACUUCCGCUGCCUAGAGGGCGCUGGCCCGGCCCGGCCGCACCAACCUGGCUUCGCGGCUGCGGCUCCCGGGGGAAGCAGCCGGCCAAUCCCAAUGCCCCGGGCCGCGGGGUCCCCCCGGGGUCCAGACGGCGCACAGGCGGUGGGGCGGCCGCGGGUAGCGAGGGAUGCGCCCCCUACGCCCCGGGGCUGCAGCAGCCGGCGCCCUGUCCGCGCCCCGGAGGGCUGGGCCGGCGCGUUUGGCACCCCCACCCGGGCUCUGGCGCCUUUGCACCUGCCGCUCUGGGCGUCUGGUCCCCGCCGAGUCCGGGCAGCCGGGUCGCCCCGGUGGUUUGCAGAAGAGGACCGAGCCGGCAGCAGUUGGGUCACAGCUGAGGAUGACGUGAAGCACCCAGCUUAUAGAAAGGCAGGUCAGGACCGCUGCAUACCUGGAAACGGACCCGCCAGUAGUUCUGGCCAGACCCCCAUCAACCCCACGCUGCUCGGCCAGGGCACGGUGUUCCUGGGCAUCAGGGACGCGAGCUCUGCCAGCAUCCAGGACGCCCUGGCCACUGCCCGUAGCCGCGAGCUCUGCAGCUGA